CUUAGAAUGCUUUAGCAGGUUAUGGAGGACAUGGUCAAAAGCCUACGUAGGCCCACCCAGGCCUCCUCGAGAGGUAGCAUCAAGGGGAACAUAGGAGAUAGAAGGGAUAUUGCGCAGCACCUUACUAACAGGCAAGAUGGAGUUCUUCACCAUCGGUGCUGUUAUAACGCUGUGCGCGCAUGUUUGGGAAGCAGUUGACAUGAUCGAGGAUAGCAAGCUGGGUCUGGACCAUUUGGCACAGCAAGUCCAUAACGUUCAAGACAAGCUCAUCGAAGCUCAGGACCUCCUUCCACAGGAUGAGUUGAAGUCGGAAUCGGUGCAGAAGGCGAUCAAGGGUAUUCAGGAUGCGCUUCGGGAGUGCCACAAAGUCGUCUGUAAAGUCACGAAAACCAAACCACUUGGCAGGUUCUUCAUGGCAGGCAAAAUCCUUAUGAAAAUCAAGACUGCCGGCACUCAUCUGUCCCGCAGCCUGGAUAACCUUAUGGCCACCCUGGCCAUCCGCGACCGCAACGACAUGCGCCACCUUCGGGACCAGACGCUUGAAAUCUGCAAUGCGCUCCUGAACAUGCGGCUAGAGCAGCUCAACGCCAUGUCCAGGGCGGAAUCGCAACUCCGGCGGGAACUGGAGGUUUCUCCCACGCAAGACUUCCAGGCAACGUUACAGCAGC